UGGAGUGAUAAAGUUGAGUGUGGUCAGUUGAGUUCAUCGUCUCCUCCGUCCAUUCUGAGGCGACUCGCCGGCGAUGGCGCUGCUCCGCGCGCACCACCUACUGCGGCCGCGCGCCGCCGCCCGUCCGCUCUCUCUCCCUCCCUCCCUCUCGUCCUCCCCGUGCCGCCGCGCCCUUCCCACCACGACCUCCUCCUGGCGCCUCCUCUGCUCCCACCGUACCGCGUCGCCGCCAGAUGCCGAUGGCGAUGCCUCGCCCUCCAUCGUCGCCGACCUGCUCGACUACCUCAACGAGUCAUGGACGCAGUUCCACGCCACCGCUGAGGCGAAGAGGCAACUUCUUGACGCGGGUUUCACGCUGCUGAGUGAGAACGAUGACUGGGACCUGCAGCCUGGUGGCCGCUACUUCUUCACGCGCAACAUGUCAUGCUUGAUUGCCUUUGCGGUUGGGGAAAAGUAUAAAUUGGGAAAUGGGUUCAAUAUAAUUGCAGCUCACACCGAUAGCCCUUGUCUCAAGCUGAAGCCAAGGUCUGCGUCCUUUAAAUCUGGGCAUCAGAUGGUAAAUGUACAGACGUAUGGAGGUGGGUUGUGGCAUACAUGGUUCGAUAGGGACCUAACUUUGGCUGGGAGAGUUAUCCUCAAGGAUGCAGAUGGCUCGUUUAACCAUAAGCUUGUCAAAGUGAGCAGACCAUUGAUACGUGUACCAACGCUGGCUAUACAUCUGGACCGCACAGUGAAUUCUGAUGGUUUCAAACCUAAUCUGGAGAAUCAUCUAGCUCCACUUCUUGCAACAAAACAUGAAGAGACUGCUGCAGGUUCUGGUGAAAAAAAUAGUCCAAGUUCCAGUAAAGUUGUCCAUCACCCACUUCUCUUGCAAGUUCUUUCAGAUGAAAUUGGUUGCAAACCAGAUGAAAUAAUUGGCAUGGAGUUGAAUGUGUGUGACACGCAACCUAGUUGCCUUGGAGGGGGAAAUAAUGAGUUCAUUUAUUCUGGUAGACUUGACAAUCUUGCUUCAUGCUACUGUGCUCUUAGAUCUCUCAUGGACUCCUCCAAGAUGCCAGAAGAAAUGUCAAAUGAGAAAUCCAUAAGAAUGAUUGCUUUAUUUGAUAACGAAGAGGUGGGUUCAAAUUCGAUGCAAGGGGCAGGUGCACCAACCAUGUUCCAUGCUAUGAGACGGAUUGUUGAUUCCUUGAUGCAUCAGUCUAUGGGAGAGGGUGCUUUGGAACGUGCAAUAAAUUCGUCUUUCCUUGUUUCGGCAGACAUGGCUCAUGCCCUGCAUCCAAAUUAUCCAGACAAGCAUGAAGAGCACCACAGACCAGAGCUACAGAAAGGACUGGUUAUCAAGCACAAUGCUAACCAACGUUACGCUACAAGUGCUGUGACAGCUUUUCUGUUCAAAGAAAUAGCAAGACUUCAUAAUCUUCCUGUUCAGGAAUUUGUUGUAAGGAAUGAUAUGGGCUGUGGCUCAACUAUUGGCCCCAUACUUGCUUCUGGUGUUGGCAUACGGACUGUUGACUGUGGUAUCCCUCAGCUAUCAAUGCACAGCGUGCGGGAAAUGUGUGGCAAAGAAGACGUAGAUACAACAUACAAGCACUUCAAAGCUUUCUUCGAGAUGUUCUCUGACAUUGACCGCAAACUUAACGUAGACUUUUAGCAGUUCCUCAUGCUCAGAAUUUGAAUAUUUUCUCAGUAUCAG